UCUGGCCCUGAGGAGGAGGGAACGACGGGAGAAUGGGCAGAAGCAAUGCCAUCUCCACGUGACGUGCCUCCAUUCUGCCCGCCACACCCCCGGCUCAUCCCCGGCCUCGACCCACCACCUACUUUCCGAGUACCGUCUGGGCCCACGCCCAGGGAGAGAGCGGCCCCACCGCUCGGGAAUGCCGGGUGUGCGCAGACCCCGGGCCUCGUGGCCUAGGCGGGGCAGGGGGCGGGGCGAGCGGCGGUGACGCGACCGUUGCCAUGGGAACCCGCCGCCCGCUCAGGCGCAGGAGCCGAAGCCGGAGCUGCUGCCCGCCGCCGGCUGCCGGCUCGCCCGCCUCGGGCUCUCCCUGCGGGUAGGUAGGGGAGCCGGGCUGGAGGAGGGGAGGGAGCAGAUGCGGCCUCCGAGCCGAGGCCGGUCCCGCACGUCCUGAACCGAGGCCCCACAGCCGCCGCCCGGACCGCCAGGAACGAGGACAAGCGCGAAGCAGCGCCCACCCGGCCCCGGCCCGCGCGCCCCGGCCGGUUCCCCAGACACGGACGGCACGGUCCGCCCCGGCCCCAGCGCCGCGCGGUCUCAGCCCGGCAGGCGACCUCGGCGCCUCCGCAACCCCCGCCGGCUUCGGCCACGGCCCCGACGCUCUUCGCCUUCACCCGCGCCGCCGCCGCUGCCGCCGCCGCGGCCGCCGCCGCCCGCGCCUCUGCCACCGCCUGUGCCCCCGCUCCGCCCGCGACCCCUGCCCAGGCCCCGACCCCAGCCCCAACCCCGUCCUCGGCCCCGCCAACCUCGGCCUCGGCCCGCGCCCCGGCCCCGGAGGCCCAGCCGUGGGUACGAUGUUGCCCAGCUCCAUCCAGAUUUCAGGGGAGCCGCUGUCAGGCGCCGAGGUGCGGGACAUCUGCCGCGGCCUGCGCGACAACGCCGUGCGCCUGCUCUCACUGCGCGGCUGCCGCCUCUGCGACCGCGACUUCGGCCGCAUCUGCCGGGCCCUGGCCGGGGCCACGUCCCUGGCGCAGCUCAACCUUAACCUAGGCGUCGUGUCCAGUCCCAGCCGCAUCAAGCAGCUGGCAGAGGCGCUGCGGACCAACCGCUCUAUCCAGUCCCUCUUCCUGCACGGGAGCCCCCUGACAGAUGCAGGACUGGCCUUGCUGAACCCAGCACUGGCCCUCCACCCUGCCCUUGUGGCUCUGGACCUGGGGGACUGCAUGCUGGGUGAUGAAGCCAUCAACCUCAUCUGUGGCCUCCUCCCCCCAGAUGGAGCCAAGUCAGGCUUGAAGGAACUGACGCUGAGCGCCAACCCUGGCAUCACCCCUAAGGGCUGGAGCCGCCUUGCGAUUGCCGUGGCCCACAGCUCCCAGGUCCGCGUCCUCAAUCUGGACUACAACCCCCUGGGUGACCAUGUGGCAGGGAUGUUGGCUGUAGCUGUGGCCUCCAGCCGCACGUUAGAGGUCCUGGACUUGGAGGGCACAGGGCUUACCAACCAGUCAGCUCAGACCCUGCUGGACAUGGUAGAAAAUUACCCCACAGCUUUGCGGAGCCUGGUGUUGGCUGAGAACAGCAUUAGCCCCGAGCUGCAGCAACAGAUAUGUGACCUCCUCUCAGAGGGAGAGGAGGAGGAAGAGGUGGCAGGAGGGGCUGGUGACACGCAGGAACAGGAGAGAGGGCGAGAGCCUGCUGCCCAGCAGAGGAGCAGCAGCUCCUGGAUGUGCCCCAGUGAUCCCAGCUCUCAGAUGGUGCUCAUGACUUCAGGACUAGGUGAUAGUCUGUUGGCUGAAACCGAGAUGUGACUCUCUGCUCAGGCUUCUGCGCAUCAUUACAUGUUGUCUAUGUCCCCAGCACCUUACCCCGGAUGUCAGGGUCAGGCCUAGGGCCUGGGAGGGAGGUGCCGGGGGCUCUGGUAGCUCCCGGCAGCGAUGGGAAGCUCUGGAAGCUGACUAAGCAACAGCCUUGGGCACACGCGAACCCAAGGUGAUGUCUCUGGACUUGUUGGCAGCUCUGGCUGCAACCCGCUGGCUGGGAAGAGAUUUUAUGAACUCUACAACCUGUCGUGUGGCUGUGCUCCCUGGGGAUGGGCAGUAGGGGAGGAAU